AUGAAAAGCCCAGAUUUGCUAAAAUCAGAAGCUCCGGGAGUAGCAAAAACAAAUGGUGAGCUGCCCGCAGCCACAGGGUUGCAACUGCAAGGUGGUUGUGAGAAAAGCCAUUUCCCAGAUAAAGUUCACAUCACAGCAGGAGCCAUGGAUGUCACCGAGGAACAUAACAAGAAGAGAGAGAAGAAAGAGAAGCAGAGGUGGAGAAACAGAGUCAGCCUCUCAGCCAGCUUGCCUGAUGAUGUUUGUGGUGUUUUUGCAGGCAGUGCAUGCUUGGUCAAGUACAGCACAGACCCAAUUUUUGAUAUGAGGGAAUCAAUACUAGAGAUGAUCCGGUACGAGGGUGUUUGUGAUUGGAAUGAUAUGGAAGAGUUAGUUUACUGUUAUGUUGCUCUUAACCCAUCAGAGGUUCAUGAAAUUGUUAGGGAAGCUUUUCUCAGUUUAUGUUCUAAUUAA